AGGGACCAUGAUGGCGGCGGUCGGUGCGCCAGAAGUGAUCACACAGCUGGAAAGCGCUGCCAAAGUUUUAAUGGCACCACCGUCGAUGGUCAGCACCGAGCAGAGGCAGCAUGCCGAACAUGUGUUCCUCUCCUUCAGGAAGUCCAAAUCCCCCUUCGCCAUUUGCAAGCACAUCUUGGAGACCAGUAAGGUGGACUACGUGCUGUUCCAGGCAGCCACGGCCGUCAUGGAGGCCGUGGUGCGGGAGUGGAUCCUGCUGGAGAAGACCAGCAUCGAGUCUCUGCGGGCCUUUCUCCUCACCUACGUCUUACAGAGACCCAAUCUGCAGAAGUACGUCCGCGAGCAGAUCCUGCUGGCGGUGGCCGUCAUCGUGAAGAGAGGCUCCCUCGACAAGAGCGUCAGCUGUAAGAGCAUCUUCCACGAGGUGGGCCAGCUCAUCAGCAGCGGGAACCCCACCGUGCAAACCCUGGCCUGCUCCAUCCUGACCGCCCUGCUCAGUGAGUUCUCCAGCUCCAGUAAGACCAGCAGCAUCGGCCUCAGCAUGGAGUUCCACAGCAGCUGCAAGCGCCUGUUCCAGGAGGACGGCCUGCGGCAGAUCUUCAUGCUGACCAUGGAGGUGCUGCAGGAGUUCAGCCGCAGAGAGAACCUCAACGCCCAGAUGUCCUCCAUCUUCCAGCGCUACCUGGCUCUGGCCAACCAGGUCCUCAGCUGGAACUUCCUGCCACCCAAUCUGGGCCGCCACUACAUCGCCAUGUUCGAGUCCACGCAGAACGUCAUGCUGAAGCCCACCGAGUCCUGGAGGGAGGCGCUGCUGGACACCCGCAUCAUAGACCUCUUCUUCACGGUCCACAGUAAGAUCCGGGAGGACUCGGACAUGGCUCAGGACUCUCUCCAGUGCCUGGCUCAGCUGGCCUCCAUGCACGGACCCAUCUUCCCCGAUGAGCGCGCACAGAUCUCCUACCUGGCUCACCUGGUGAAGGGCCUGCUCAGCAUGGUGGACAGGAUCGAGAUCGAGGACUCGGAGGCGGUGGGCAUCUCCAACGUCAUCUCCAACCUGAUCACCAUGUUCCCCCGGAGCGUCCUGACCGCGCUCCCCAGCGACCUCUUCACCUCCUUCAUCAACUGCCUCACUCUGCUCACCUGCUCGUUCGGCCGCAGCGCCGCCCUGGAGGAGGUGCUGGAUAAGGACGACAUGGUCUACAUGGAGGCGUACGACCGGCUGCUGGAGUCCUGGGUGACGCUGGUGCAGGACGAGGAGCACUCCCGCGGCUGCUUCGUCCAGCCGGCCGUCCAGGUCUUCAACUCCUACAUCCAGUGUCACCUGGCCGCGCCCGACGGCACGCGCAACCUGUCGGUGAACGGCAUCUCGUCCCACGACGAGGAGGAGAUCAACGAGCUGCAGGAGGACGACCGGGAGCUGUUCUCAGACCAGCUGUCCAGCAUCGGCAUGCUGGGACGGGUGGCGGCGGACCACUGCAUCCCCCUGCUCACCAGCCUGCUGGAGGACCGGGUCACCCGGCUGCACGGCCAGCUCCAGAGGACCCAGCAGCACCUCAUGGCCUCCUCAGACCUGGGCUCCGUGGACCGCAAGGUCCUGGACGACCUGUACGAGGACAUCCACUGGCUCAUCCUGGUCUCAGGGUACCUGCUGGCAGACGACCCCCAGGGGGAAACCCCGCUCAUCCCGCCGGAGGUGAUGGAGUUCUCCAUCAAGCACUCCACUGAGGUGGACAUCAACACCACCCUGCAGAUCCUGGGCUCCCCGGGAGAGAAGGCCUCCUCCAUCCCCGGCUGCCACCGCACCGACUGCGUCAUCCGGCUGCUGUCGGCGGUGCUGCGGACGUCGGAGGUGGAGUCCAGAGCCACCAGGGCGAGCCUGACGGAGCUGCUGAGCCCCCAGAUGGGGAAGGACAUCGUGUGGUUCCUGAGGCGCUGGGCCAAGACCUACCUGCUGCUGGACGAGAAGCUCUACGAGCAGAUCAGCAUCCCUCUCAGCACGGCGUUCGGCGCCGACACCGAGGGCGCCCAGUGGAUCGUGGGAUACCUCCUGGAGAAGGUGAUCAACAACCUGUCGGUGUGGAGCUCGGAGGCGGAGCUGGCCACGGACACGGUGGAGCUGCUGGUGACGCUGGUGGAGAAGCGGGAGAGGGCGAACAUGGUGGUGCAGUGUGAGAGCUGGUGGAGCCUGGCCAAGCAGUUCGCCAGCCGCAGCCCGCCGCUCCACCUGCUGUCCAGCUCGGUGCAGCGGGCGCUCAUGAAGGCCCUGGUCCUGGGGGGAUUCGCGCACAUGGACUCGGACGCCAAGCAGCAGUACUGGGCAGAGGUGCUCCACCCGCUGCAGCAGCGCUUCCUGAACCUCAUCAACCAGGAGAACUUCGCCCAGAUCAGCCAGGAGGAGGCGGUGAAGCAGGAGAUCGUCGCCACGCUGGAGGCGCUGUGCGGCAUCGCCGAGGCCACGCAGAUCGACAACGUGGCCUCGCUCUUCUCCUUCCUCAUGGACUUCCUGUCCAGCUGCAUCGGCCUCAUGGAGGUUUACAGCAACACGCCGGAGACCAUCAACCUGAUCAUCGAGGUCUUCGUGGAAGUGGCUCACAAGCAGAUCUGUUACCUGGGAGAGACCAAGUCCAUGAAGCUGUACGAGGCCUGCCUGACGCUGCUGCAGGUCUACUCCAAGAACAACCAGAGCCGGCGGCGGGGCGACGCCACGGCGGAGGAGGACCAGUACCAGGACCUGCUGCUCAUCAUGGAGCUGCUCACCAACCUGCUGUCCAAGGAGUUCAUCGACUUCAGCGACACCGACGAGGUGUUCCGGAACCAGGACCCCGGGACUCCGGCCUCCAGUCGGACCGUAUCGGCAGCAGACGUGGUUCUUUAUGGCGUCAACAUUGUUCUUCCUCUCAUGUCUCAGGACCUGCUGAAGUUCCCGUCUCUGUGUAACCAGUACUACAAGCUGAUCACCUUCAUCUGUGAGAUCUUCCCGGAGAAGAUCCCUCAGCUGCCGGAGGAGCUCUUCAAGAGCCUCAUGUUCUCCCUGGAGCUGGGGAUGACCUCCAUGAGUUCGGAGAUCAGCCAGCUGUGUCUGGAGGCUCUGUCCCCGCUGGCCGAGCAGUGCGCCAAGAACCAGGAGAAGGACUCGCCGCUCUUCAUCGCCACCCGCCACUUCCUCAAGCUGGUGUUCGACAUGCUGGUCCUGCAGAAGCACAGCACCGAGAUGACGACGGCGGCCGGAGAGGCGCUCUACACCUUGGUGUGUCUGCACCAGGCGGAGUACGCGGAGCUGGUGGAGACGCUGCUGUCCACCCAGAGGGACGCCGUCGUCUACCAGCGGCUGGCCGACGCCUUCAACAAGCUGACGGCCAGCAGCACGCCGCCCGCCAUGGACCGCAAGCAGAAGGUGGCCUUCGUCAAGAGCCUGGAGGAGUUCGUGGCCAACGUGGGCGGGCUGCUCUGCGUCAAGUAACCACUGGAACCGGCACGCCUCCCAGCAUCGCCCCCCCCCAAUCAGAGACCUUUUUCCCGGACAGCCGUGUGGAGGAGGCGGCGGCGGCGGCGGCUCGCCGCUCGGGGAUCCGCCUCAUGUCUGGAUGCUUCGGUGGAUUUCCUCCUUCCAUUGUUUCUGUCCUCCUCUCCACACAUCACACCCGCCUGUGCCGCCGUCCCUCUGGCAUGACAGGCAGUGUGACGAUGACGACGAUGAAGAUGACUGACCUGCUCAGCAGACGGACUCGGGGAGCUUCCUGUUCUGUCAGACCAAAGCAGCCGAGCGUCGAGCAGCAGCUCAUGUUGACGAUGGUGUUAACCCCCCUCCCCACUCCUCAUGUGCCUGGAGGCUUCUAGAGUACACACACACACACGCGCGCACACACGCUGGCCCCAGCUGUACCCAGAGUGCCUUUGUUCAGCUGAUUGUUUUGUGUGUCGACGGGUUUCGUUGUGUGUGAAUCAUGCUUCACGCCAUCCCAGGAGAAGUUUCGACUGUGCCUGCCGUUUGCCACGAACAUGGCAGAUGUACACACACACACUCACACACACACAGAUGCACAGACGCAUGCACAGUGUUGCCAUGACAACGAGCAUGGCCGGCCUUUGUGUCUUUUCCCUGUGUUGCUGGGGGGGUCAGGGGGGGGUGAAAGAAAACCAAAAUCUGAUUGUUGUGAAGAGUAUGUAGAUGAUAUGUACCUUCUAAAAUGUAAAGCGACUGAAGUGUUUUUAUAUGCCGGACAGAGUUGAACGAAUUCAGCUGAACUGGGAGCCGUGUUAAUUUUUUAGCUUUGAUUUUUAUUUGUAUUUGGAUUGUAGCCCGCGGCGUACGGACUCGCGCAUCAGGAGCUCGGCGGGUUCAUUUGAGUCGUAUUUUUCUACAGCAGCACAUUCAUUGCAAUCACUCUUCAACACACACACACUGGAAUGAGACUGUUUGGACGGAAGGACAGCAAUAAGAAACCAAAUACAGGAGCAGAGCCACUUGUGGAAGCAUCAUGCGGGGACGGAAGCCUCCUCGCUCACCUCCCCGUUACUGUCCACGGCUGCUUUGUUAAUAAAAUGUACAAGUGUACA